AUGCGUAAUAUCUUCGACGAUGAACAAUCACAAGCUUAUCGAGCGAAAGUUUGGUCCGUACUAGGAUCUAAACCUAUAUUUCGACAACCACGGUUUCCAAUUUCGGUUCAUGAAUAUAAACACUUAACUUAUAUACGAUGUAAAGAAUUAAUUAAAGCAAAUCUUCUGAGCGAUGAUGAAAUGUUCGAGAAUCCACGACUCAAAAUUGUUCUUGAACAAUGUCUUUCUAUGUAUGAUUCAUCAUGUCAUGCAAAAUACACACUGUCGAUGACAGUUUUUCGCGAAACCAUUCGAACAUUGGGUACUGAACGACAUGAAUAUAUUUUAAAUCUUGAUCAAAAUCAUCAAAUUUUCGGCUGUUUCGCUCUAACUGAAUUAGCUCAUGGAAGUAAUACCAAAGAAAUGCGAACAAAAGCGACGUAUGAUCCAUCGGCUCAGGAAUUUGUUUUGAAUACGCCCGAUAUUGAAGGAAUGAAAUUUUGGGUCGGUAAUUUGGGUUAUCAAGCAACGCAUGCUGUUGUUUAUGCACAGCUUUAUACACAAAAUACUUGCUACGGUCUGCAUCCAUUUGUUGUACCCAUUCGUGAUCCACUAACUUACAGAACAUUUCCUGGAGUUGAAGCUGGUGACAUUGGAGCCAAAUGUGGAUGGAAUGGUAUCGAUAAUGGUUUUCUACUCUUUCGCAAUUAUCGAAUUCCAAGAGAAAAUCUUCUCAAUAAGCACGGUGAUGUUCUACCAGAUGGAACUUACAAAACGAAAUUUAAAACAUCAAACAAACGAUUUGGUGCUAGUCUUGGUGCAUUAUCUUCAGGCCGUGUAGGCAUCAGUAGUUUAGCAAUUGGUUCAUUAAUUAAUUGUUGUACAAUUGCCAUUCGAUAUUCAUGUGUUCGCAAACAAUUUGGACCCACGUCCGGUGUCGAAAUACCUGUGAUUGAAUAUCAAACUCAAAAUUGGCGUUUAAUUCCCAUCCUUGCAUCACUAUAUGUUUUCCGAACGUUAGCUCUCUCGGUGUUUGAUAAUCUAGCUGAAUUUUAUGCAUUAGCUAUGUCACGAGAUGAAAGUGAUCAAGAUCUACUUGCUGAUAUGGGUCGUGAGCUUCAUGCUCUCGCAUGUACGUGUAAAGCAAUGUGUACCUGGAAUACACAGAAAGCUUGCCAAGAAUGUCGAGAAGCAUGUGGUGGUCAUGGUUAUUUAUACGCAAGUGGCUUUGGUACUAUCCGAAAUGAUAAUGAUCCAGCCUGUACAUUUGAAGGUGAUAAUAACGUCUUACUGCAACAAGCAUCAAAUUAUCUUUUAUCUACAUGCGAAGAGUUCUAUUCGAGCAAUACGCCAGUCUAUAGUCCAUUUGGAAGUGUUGUUUUUAUUGAACAAAUGAAGACUGUUCUUCAGAAUAACCGCUGUUCAAUCACACCAGAAUGUGAUAUCAAAGAUUUAAUGAACGCUGUCGAAUGGCUCUUAUGUUAUAUUCUUGAUAAAUCAGCACGAAAGGUGAAUCAACUAUCCUCGCGCGGCAAUUUAUCCGCAUUUGAUUUGAAAAAUGCCGCACAGGUUUACCAUCUCCGAACUCUGUCACUCAUCUACAUUCAACGAACGGCAAUCGUUCGAUUUUCGAAUUACAUUGAAAACAGCGAAGAAAUAGAUGAAAAAUGUAAAAAAGUCUUGAACAAACUACUACUGGUUCAUACACUGAAGUUUCUCGAAGAAAACCUGAAUUACUUAUUCGAAGGAAAUUAUUUCACGAAUGGUUCAGUUAAUCUUUGGAUGCAGAAUCGUUUGAUAGACUUAUGUGCUGAACUGAAAAACGAAGCUGCUGCUUUGGUCGAUGUCUUUGCACCUCCCGAUCAUAUUCUGAAUUCAGUCUUAGGCGUUGCAGAUGGAAAAGUUUAUGAAGCAAUCAAUAAAGUUAUACAUGGAAACGAACAUACAUUCAUUACGCCGUCGUGGAUCAAAGAAGAUUUAAUGGAACGCAGCAAACUUUGA